AACCAAUCAAUUUUGUCCUUUCAUUCCUAGGCGCAAACUACAAACAGAGAUUGAUAGAAGCUGACACACAAACUAUUUCAAGUUGAUGAAAAGUUUGAAUACGAAAUGAUGCAAAGUCAAGAAACCCAGCUAUCUGAGCUGGUGAGCGUUGGGAAGGAAUUAACUGCUGCGUUUGAAGGAACACAGGAGGCAGAGCUAACAGAAAAAUGUGCACGCAUAAUUAGUGAAAUACGUCAUCUUCAGCAGAAACAAAGGGAGCAACUAAAACAGCAGAUUCAGGAUUUAAUCAAUCAAGAGGAGCUAGAGAUGGAGAACGUGAAAGAAGAUGGAGAAAAAACAGAGGCAAUCAAUCAAGUUAGAACUGUGCAGGAACAACUCAGAUCUGAGAGAGAACAUUUAGAAGAGGCCACUAAGAAAUGUGAAGAACUUAAGAAGACUUUGGAGGAACAAAAAGAGGAGCAAGAAAGACUGACAAAAGAAGAACAGAAACUCAAGCAUGACAAUACUCAUGCCAUUCCCAAGAUCAAGUAUGAUGUACAGCUCUACAAUACUCUCACCUCCUUACAGUGGCAGUAUGAUUGUGAACCGGAUGAAAUCAAGGGAUAUAUUUGCAACAAAAAUGACAUUAGGCCCUUUUCCUUGAGUGGGAAAAAGGUGUCCAAAUUUUUCGUUGCAAAUUAUCUGUGGGAUAUGAUGGAGGAAGACUGGUAAAGAGUGAUGUUAAACCAAUGGAAACCACAAGAUUCUAAGUGAAGUUCAAAGAGACCAAGUUGGACAUUCACAGAAAAUGAACUUCAACAACAUUGACAUUUAGACUGUUAUAUCAUGUACAUGUUUAUGUACUGGUAGAUAAAUCAUUCAUAAAGAGCAGAGGUGUUAAAGAAAAUGACUAUAGUACAACUGAGAUAUCUUUCUACAAAGUAUGAUGAAAUAGGAUUUAGGUCUUACAGAUAAGGAUUUUGUAGAUAAUGCAAGUGAUUAUUUUGAAAGAAACCAUGCUGAAUACUACAUGUAUACAUCAGUCUCUUCACACCAGACCCAAAAAUGAGGACUGGUAAUGAAAAACAUUCUUUGCCCUUUACUUUCAAAUAUAGUCAAAUUUGCACAUUUCCAACAUGUGAACCAUAAAAGGGUGUACCACUCACAGUAAUGUAAGAUUGCCUUUGAAUAGUGUUUAGUUAAUCUAGUGUUUUCAUCAAUAUUUGUUAGAUCAUUUAUGUAAAUGUUGUCGGGUCAAUCCAGAAACUCAAAAUGCUUAUCAAAGUAAAGCUCUGUUACUAUAUUUGUUAUUAUUAGGAGCAUUGUCCAUAAGCUAAUAUCUCCUCGAAACUGUUCAUUUUACAUGAUCCAUGAAAAUGGACGCCCAUGCAUACUAAUGAAACCCCAGUUUUAUAGAGCUGAAAAUUAAGUUUUGAUUUUUCAUGUACAUGUUUAUGUACACAUAGCAAGAAGUGAAAUCAUAAAUGAAAUAAAUAAUUGGAAAAGCA